UUGGUCGCUGUCACCGGCGUGCUUUGGACCCUAUAUUCCGAGGUUCGAGUCCCGCCACCAUCACCGGACGACAGCAGAGCUCGCCUAACCUUAUGUGUUGUUACCACUCUUAUGCUAUAUAACCUCGCCCGUGAAUCUGCAUCCAACUUCAAAAUUUUGUGGUUAUUUCAAGGAGCAACAAUGCCGGUGGUACCCAUCAAUGACGUAAAAACAUACCAACCUGCUACCUAUAAAAAAGGUGAACGACUCGUUCGAUGCAAACUGGCUUCAGUUUAUCGCUUGGUUGAUAUUUUUGGUUGGAACCGCGGAAUCAGCAAUCACGUUACUGCUCGAGUGACUCGUGAGGGUGAUGAGUACCUGAUCAACCCCCUUGGCUUACGAAAGGUAUUUCGUAACAGCCGAUUCCGAACUUCUUAUAGUCGCUUACGGUUAAUCUCUGAUUACGGUUUUUGGCUUCAGGUUUCGUGUACAAAAACUGGCUUGCUUCCCAUCAGCCAAGAAGCUAUGAUUCUUGGGGAGACAGCAAUUGCGGAUGAAGAUGCGGCGACUCGUAAGGAGCGACGGUUCUCUGCGGAUUGUAUGCUGCUUAUGAUUCGCAACCAUGGAUUGCUUGCCAUGGGACAGUCAAUUGAAGAGGCUUGGUUUGUUGCGUUCAACGCUGUUCUGGCCUGUGAAUCACAGGUGAGGAAUUUUUACAUAAUUCUAGUUCAUUCACAACAGGCAGCUCACUAUGUCGGUCGUACACCUCUAGCUGUCCAACUCCGACCUGGUGAAAGUGUGGGUAGUUCUGGUUGGCGUCGAGGGGAGUUGGAAUUUGAGGCACUGAUGCGCCGUCUAGAUGCGGCCGGUUAUCGCACUGGACAUUGGCCCGUAAUAAGCUUUCCCUGUUUAACUCGAUUUUUAGUAGUUGUGUGGAAUCAGAGUACCGUGUUAGGCUCUCGCUCUUUAAUCUUGUCCACGCACUUGCGAGCAAUAUUGGAAUUUUAUGAGAAUAGUGUAGGAUGUGAUUUGAUUUUUAAGGAGUUUUUAUCGUGA